UAUAUAACUUAUGUAUUGCAAACUGGGGCUAUAAAACUUAUGUUAUUUUAAAAUAGGGUCUUUCAGCCAUUCUUCCAGCUCAGUUUAUCUUUAUCUGCAAAAAUCUAGUAGCAAAAACUUAACUGUGAUCACCAAAGAUGGCUUAUGCUGCUCUUCUUUCCCUCGCCCGAACCACUGCAGAAAUAAUCUUGGAUCAAGAUAGAUAUUCCAUUUCUCGUAAUAAAAAACAACAAAUUCGAUCUAUCUAUGAACCAUUUAUUUUCUUGCAAGAGUUUCUUGAAGAUUUUCCCGAAAAAGCCAACAUCUUAGAUGGGCGAAUUAGAGAUUUAGCAUAUGAAGCAGAACAUAUUAUUGAGUCUUUCAUAUUGGACGAAGCUCCAUCACAUUGGUGGAACGUUUUAGCUGCCAAAUCAAAGCUAAAAUUAUUGCAAAUAAGAAAGAUAAGAAAAGAAACAGAUUCAAUCACAAGGGAGGUGAUGAUCAUCAAGAAUAACAGUGCAGUUGCAGUACAACUUGGUGCUUCUUCUUCCGCAGCAGCAGGUUCACCAUCCAGAUCUGCUCCGAUCAUCAAGAUUGGCUAUAUGGUUGGUUUACAUGAAGAUUUGCUAGCAAUAAAAUCUCGACUCUGUGGAGAAUCGCCAAAUUUAGAAGUUAUCCCAAUCGUUGGAAUGGGAGGUAUAGGAAAAACUACUCUUGCAAAGUGUGUUUACGACGACCCACUAACAGUGCAGCGGUUCGAUAUUCGUGUUUGGGUCACAGUAUCACAGGACUAAAAUGCAGAUGUAGUUUUAUCAGCCCUCCUAGCUUCCAUGGAAGAGUUUGAUAAAGAUAGAUCCGAGGAGAGCAAAGAUAGAUCCAAGGAGGAAGAAGAAUUGCCUGGGGCGAAAGUGCACAAGAUCUUGAAAGGCAGGAGAUAUCUCCUUGUAAUGGAUGAUAUUUGGAGCACACAUGCUUGGGAUGAUGUAAGAAUUAUACUUCCCGACGAUGGUAAUGGAAGCCGAGUCAUGUUAACGACAAGAGAAACUGAUGUGGCUGCUUAUGCCUGUUGUUUGAGCUGUCCCCACAAGAUGCGUUUCAUGGAUGAGGCUCAGAGUUGGAAGCUACUUCAGCAGAAGGUGUUUGCACAUCAAGAUUGCCCUCCGGAGUUGGAGAACAUUGGAAAGGAGAUCGCGA